AUGGUGAGAGGGCCGCACCCUCUCCAGGUCGUCCUUGGGCUUUGUGUGGCAUGCUUGUUCCGCACGGAGCGGCCCGGACGAGAUCUCCACGUCCUCAGUGUUGAUGAGGAUCAGGGAUCAAGUCAACUGAGCGAUGCGUAUUCCGAAGGCGAAGUGCGAGGUGCAUCAUCCACUCGCCGCCAACCGCCAGCUCUUCAUUUCACGUGUCCGGAUCAUGAAGAUGAAGCAGCAGCAGUGAUGCACCUUGCGCUGGGCGUUUCUGAGCAUCGCCUGCAAGGUCAUCAUUGUUCCUGGCCUGGCAUCGGGUGCGACCCACGCGGGUGCAUCGUUGCUAUCCUUGCUAUCCAGGUUCAGGACUUUCCUGGGGAGCUUAGAGGACCAUGUUCACAUCUUCGGCACCUAUUGCAUGUGGUGAUCCGGUCGGAGCAUCUUUCCGGAGACAUCCAGGAGUUUGCCACCUGCAAGGCUCUCAGGACUCUGGAGAUAAGCGGAGCCUCCCAUGUGUCUGGCGACAUCCAGGCGCUGCAAGAUUUGCAGGACCUGCGCGAUGUUAGUCUCCGAGGAACGCGAGUGUCAGGCGACAUUCAGGUCUUCCAGGCUCUGGUGAAGUUAGAAAGCUUGGAUCUGGGGGCCACGCAGGUCUCAGGUGACAUUCAGGCCUUCCAGGCCACUCCCAAGUUGAAUGAGCUGUUCCUCUCGUCCACCCAAGUUGUCGGAGACAUCCAAGUAUUCCAGAAGAACAAGGAGCUUACAGUUCUGAGCUUGGCUUUGACCGGAGUCAGUGGAGACAUCGAGGUAUUCAAUUCCACAGAGCUUCUGACAAUUAUCCAGAUGACUUCAACGAGAGUCUGGGGAGACAUUGUGGUCUUCCAAAGAACUCCGCACCUGCAAAAAGUCGAUCUGACUUCAACAGCCGUGAGCGGGGACACGCGUGCCUUCGCUUCCCACCGCAAGCUGGAGAACAUAUUGAUGGGCAACACUGGGGUUCAUGGAGACAUUGCAGUUUUCAACGCCAGCGGUAUAUCUCGUCUGAAGCUGCAGAAGACACAAGUCUUCGGCAAUAUCUCCGCCUUGAGAGCCCUGCCUCGACUCCAAGUCGUGAGCUUUACUUCCACCGCGGUGGUCGGUGACAUCGUCGAUUUGAAGCAGCUUGACGCGCUUGCUGUUUUUGAGUGUCAUGGAACACAUGUUGGAGGUGAUGUGCAAGCCUUUGAACAUCUUCAGUCCUUAGUGAGGGUGGUCAUGUCUCUCACCAACGUCACUGGAGAUAUCGAAGUGUUUGCGAACAAGCCUGCCUUGUAUGAUUUGCAGCUUGCAUCGUCACGAGUUGUCGGUGACGUAGGUGUGCUGAUGUCCGGUGCUGCUGCCAAUCAGUUGGAAUUGCUCGACCUGUCGUCGACUAGAAUCGUCGGAAACAUGUGGGUCUUCAAAGACGCACCGUAUUUGAAGGAGCUCUACCUUGCAGGGACUCAGGUUACCGGAAGCAUGGAUGGCAUCAUUCACUUGCCGAGUGCCGAGAUCGUGGAUUUCUCCGACACUUUGGUAACCGGAAGGCUUACGCGGCGAUGGCGGGGCAAGGCGCGCAAAUUGCGCACCCUGAAGCUCUCAGGCAGCCGAGUUCACUUCCUUCCUAUUGGUGACGAUCGCAGAGACCUGCUACAGCUGCUUCCAGAGGAGAAGAAGCGGUUUCUACCGGCUUUAACAACCUUGGAGGUCUCUGAUUGCCAGUUGAAUGGGCCGGCGUCGGACUUGCUCCGGCCGCUGGCGGCCUGUGACCAUUUGGGAAGCGUGUUGGCUGCAAGAGCAGGGCUGACCGAUGAGUUGCCAUCCUUGGAUCCCCUGCCACCUACAAGCCGUGGCGAUGGCGUAAUUGACCUUGAGAUGCGCAGUCCACUCGCGACUUCACUGGAAGUCUUGGAUCUGUCAGGAAACAACUUGAGUUUCCUUGCUGCUAUACCACCUGCCUGCCAUACGCUUGUCGUCGUUGAGAACAUGCAGCCACUCCACGUUGCUGCCGGUGAAUUGGCAAAGGCUCUCAGAAGGCAAGUUGUUCUGGAUAUGCGGGAGACUAUUUUGCACAAUGAUUCCAUGAAGGACGUGGAGAUGCUACUCAGUUCCCAUGACAUAAGCAGGACAGUUGAUCGAACGAACUUUCGCACGGACAAAGGGUACGCCUGCUUUGAUCUAGAUCGGAGCACCACCACUCUGGAGAUUACACCAGCAAAGCUCAUGCCAGAGAAGUGGUGCAGUUGCUUGCCAGGUUGGCAUGGCACUGGCAUCAACUGCAGCGAGUGUUCUGAAAAUACCUUCAGCACCAACAUGAGUUCGCCAAGUUGCACGGCAUGUCCAGCAAACUCCACCAGCCCGAAGCGCUCCAAGUCAGUGCACGAGUGCAAGUGUCAGCGUGGGUCUGUGCGCCAGGUCGACAGCAACACUUGGAUUUGUGGAUGUCCACCGGGCCGAGCACUCUUGGAGGACUCCUGUGUGUCCUGCGAAGACAGGCACCUGAAUUGCUCCAGCAAGCUGUCUGACGUGAAGUCCGCAGAGCCUUUGACGGGCUUUGCCCGAUUGCAGGAGAAUGGAACGGAGGCUUUCCAGUGCCUCGUGGCAGCCCGCUGUCCGGGUGGGAAAGCCGGUGGCCUAGGCUGCGAAUCGGGCUACGCGGGCCCGCUUUGCAUGGCAUGCAGUGAGACCUACUUCGAGGCAGGCCGCAUGUGUAUCGAAUGCUCGGAAGGAGGUUUCCCACGGUGGCUCAUCAAAGCCGGCGUCUGUCUGAUGCUUGGUGUCCUGCUCUGUGCCUGCGCAGCAGCCGUUGCUUACUUUGUCGAUCACUGGUCUCCGGGCCACCGGGCAGAACAACUGCUGCAGUACCUGGAAGAGACUAUUUUGGGUGAAGGUGUACUCGGCAACAUGCGAAAGAAGCUGCUGAAGAAUGAGAUCCCUUUGCUCAUUCAGAUGUGUCAGCUUUGGGUCGUUGUUGCGGCAUUCGCCAGUGCCGUCAGCCUUGCACAGGAUGAGACUGCGGGAAGCGGGCUUUGGGAAUUGCCUUACAUGGAGACCUUGCAGCUGACCGUUGAGAACAUACAAGAGCUUCUCUACUUGCAGUGCUACUUCGGUGGUGCUCGGGUGCGUCUGGCUUUCGGGCUACUUGCACCGAUGCUCCCGCUUUUGUUGCUUUUCUGCUGCCUGGGUCUCGAGUUCUUCAACGCCGGAGCAGGAGUCAAUGCAGCCUUGAAGAUUUUGACGCUAUUCUUUAUCGGUGGUGCCUCGAAAUGUUUUUCCUUGCAGAGUUGCCAGCGAUUUGAUGCAGGCGGCGAGAAGCUUGCGGAUGAGUUUGCAUUCUUGAGACAGCUUCCCGAUCUUCGUUGCAACUUCGAGGCUUCGCCCGAGCUCCAUACAGUUGUUGCCGUGUUCUGGCCAUGUGCCAUAUGCUACUCCAUCUUGAUCCCGUGCUUCCUGAUCUACCUCUACCUUCGACAGCACAAGCUGUUGCACAUCAAGCGGGCUCCUCUGCAGGUGAACAACGGGAAUAAAGAUGAGUGCAGCUUCUAUGUUGCCAUGGAGGAGCGCAUGCUGCAGAAGCGCUUGACAGCUGCAGCCGUGGCCUAUGUCGCUGUGCUUCAGAAACGCAACGUUCGAGUGCAGCUGCGCGAGGGCAAGGGGAUGGUGACCUUGUUGGAUGGCACUCCCGUGGAGUUAGACGUGAAUCCUGCGCACUUUGAAUUUCAACAAGAAUCAGAUCGACUCCGGCACCAUGCCAUCACCGAGAUGUUGGUGGAGCGUCUCUUAAUCGAAGAGGAAGGAAAGAAUGACCGAGUGUUGCGGGGUGCCAAGGAGCUUCUCUUCAAAUAUGGCACGUGCCGCGAUUUGUGGAUGGAGGUGGUUCUCAAAUUAGUUGCUGUGGCAUUGGUUAACGUGGUAUCGGCAGCUCAAGUGGCAUCUAGCACGGAAAAGGAGGUUCUACUAUUUGCUGUGGGCAAGGUCGUCAUCAUCACGCUCGGUAUGGCUUUCACUGUUUGGAUGGUGCAGCCGUACGGGGAGCCGCAGGUGAAUGACCUUCAGCUUUGCUGCUUUUUGAGUCUUGCGGCCUCAGCCGUGGGCUUUGGCUUCCGGAUGCUUUGGCUUAGCCGGUUGGCCCUGCUCGCACCUUUGCUGCUCUCGGCCUGGCACACGCUUCAACCCGAUAGCCCGGAGAGCCUGGCCUGGCGCCUCUGGGAGGGCCUUCAGAAGGACGCUCCGGAAGCGCAUGUACUGGGCCGCCCACAAUCGGUUGCCAUGAACUUCAAGCUGGAAAGCUAG